UUAUUUUUAAUUGAUUUUCAAAAUAUUAAAUCAAGAUCGAUCAACUAUGAGCCUCUAGAUAUUUAUAUAAGCUCUAUGUGUGUGAAGAGUAGAGGUAGAAGAAAAGGUUUCCCUUCCUCUUCACCAAGUACAAAAGAUAUUUCCCUUUGCCAAAACAUUAUAAGCAUGAUAGACGGCAUCGAGGGAAAAGAAAAUAAACAUUUUUGGGCUUGAAGGAAAAAACAUAGCUAUUAGAAGUUUGAGGACUGAGCAGAUGAAAAAGGAAAUUGUCACUCUAAAUAUAAAUGUCGAUGCAACGAAGUUAAUUUGAUGUGAUUAUUAAUUUGAUGCGAUUAUGAUGCUGAAUUCCCCUCUAAACAAAGGGUUCAAAGUCAUUGCACCCCAUUUGUUCGAUGAAAUUUCGAGCCGAAAUUUCGUUUCCUCGAAAAUUUCACCAUUUUGCAAGAGCUCUGGACUCGAAGAUUCAUGGCGACCUUUCUAUCAAAUGGUUGGACUUGGAUUCAAGCCCAACCAGUUCAUCUAUGGCAGCUUACUUUCAGCUUGUGCAGCUUCUCAAGCUGUAAAACCAGGCCUUCAAGCCUAUUCUCAUGCAAUAAAAACUGGGUUUUCUUCAGAUGAUUAUGUUUGUACUGGGAUGAUUGGUCUCUUUUCAAAAUGCCAUUGUUUUAAUGAAGCUUUGAGAGUUUUUAAUGGAGCUAAUCGAGAAAAUGUCAUUUCCUGGAACACCACUAUAGCUGGGGGAGUUAGAAAUGCGGAUUACAAGCUGGCAUUGGAACUUUUCCUUCGAAUGUUAGAUGGGUUUUCUGCACCAAGCUCGUUUACGCUAUCCAGUGUUUUGGGUGCUUGCUCUGGUUUGAAGGCUCUGGUUUUUGGUCAAGGGAUUCAUGGAUGGGUGGUUAAGUCUGGCGUAGAGGGUGAUGUUUUUGUGGGCACUGCUCUUGUUGAUAUGUAUUCGAAAUGUGGAAAAAUGGAGGAUGCAGUUAAGGCUUUCGAGAGAAUUCCAGAUCAGAAUGAGGUUUGUUGCACUGCAAUUAUAUCGGGUUUUGUCCAAUCUGAUCACCCUGUCUCGGCCCUUCGGUUUUUCAUAGAUAAAAGAAAAACUGGGGUGGAUUUCAAUCAAUUCACUAUAACAAGUGUAUUAUGUGCCUGUGCUCAAGUUGCUUGGUUUAAAGAGGCAUCCCAAGUCCAUUGUUUGACUGUAAAAACUGGGUUUUUUGAGGAUUGUGCAGUUCAAAAUGCUCUGAUAAACACUUAUUCAAAAUGUGGGUCCAUCGAUUUUGCAGAGAGGGUGUUUGAGGGAAUGGGUGGAGAGAAGAACUCUGUUUCUUGGGCCUCCAUGAUGACUUGUUAUGCUCAGAAUCAUAUGGGCGGGAAAUCGAUCAAACUGUUUCAAAGAAUGCUAAAUGAAGGCCUGAAACCAGAGUGCUUCGCAUGCUCUAGUGUUUUGAGCAUUAUUGGUCUUCUAGAUAUGGGGAAGCAAAUCCAUUGCUUUGCCAUAAAGGCUGGACUUGACAUGGACAUUUCAGUUGGUAGUGCUAUUUUCACCAUGUAUUCCAAGUGCGGGUGCUUAGACGAUUCUUAUAAAGUUUUCGCGCUGAUUCCAAAAAAAGAUGCGGUGUCAUGGACCUCUAUGAUUGCAGGGUUUUCUGAAUAUGGCCAGCCGAUGAAUGCAUUUCAAGUGUUUCAAGACAUGUUAAUGGCUGAAUUGAAGCCUGACCAGGUGACUUUAGCAGCUGUUCUCAGUGCUUGUACGGCCUGCAAGUCCAUGAAGAGAGGGAAAGAAGUUCAUGGCUAUGCAAUAGUUUCUGGAGUGGGGUCUGAAACCCUUUUUGGGGGUGCUCUGGUUACCUUAUAUUCAAAGUGUGGUGCUCUAGUUUUAGCCCAAAGAGCUUUUGAUUCAAUGCAUGAAAGAGAUUUAGUAGCAUGGUCAUCACUAAUUUCAGGUUAUGCUCAGAAUGAUAUGGCCAUGGAGGUGAUGGCACAAUUUAGAGAUAUGAGGAUCUCCGAUUUGGACAUGGAUGGGUUCACAAUUUCAUCGAUUCUCCGCCUAUCCGGCUCCUCUGUGAAGUUGGAACUGGGUAUAGAGAUCCAUGCUCUUUCUGUGAAAUCAGGGUUGGACCUCGAUCACUCAGUGAGCAGCUCUCUCAUAACAAUGUACUCGAAAUGUGGGAGCUUAUAUGACUCUUCAAUAGUUUUCGACUCUAUAAUGCAGCCCUGUUUGAUUUCUUGGACUGCAAUAAUUGUUGCUUAUGCUCAGCAUGGCCAAGCAAAUGAGGCUUUGAAAUUGUUUGAAAAGAUGAAGAGAGAAGGUGUUGAACCAGACUCUGUGACUUUUGUUGGGGUUCUCACAGCUUGUAGCCAUAAUGGGUUAGUUGAAAAAGGUUUUAGCUAUUUGAAUUCAAUGGUGAGAGAUUAUGGCCUCAAACCAGGAACCCAACACUAUGCUUGCAUUGUAGAUUUGCUUGGUCGAUCUGGUAAGCUUGAAGAAGCAUGGAGGUUUAUAGAAUCAAUGCCUAUUGAGCCCGAUGCUUUGAUUUGGGGUGCAUUGCUUGGUGGUUGCAGGGUUCAUGGCCAUGAGGAGUUGGGGAAGCUUGCAGCUCAAAAACUUUUGGAGCUUGAGCCACGGGAUUCUGGAGCUUAUGUUUGUCUCUCCAAUAUCUAUGCAGAAGCUGGUUGUUGGGAAGAAGUUAGAGAAAUUAGGAGCUUGAUGAGAGAGAUGGGUGUGAACAAAGAGCCUGGAUGGAGUUCUAUGUGAGAGAAUUCAUGAUAC